UCUGACUACCUGACGCAGCUGAAGCAGCGAGGAGGAAACCCGCGCCACCACCAGCAUCCUCUGCUGCACCAUGGAGGCGGCCACAGCAACAAAGCCAUGGACAGCAUAUAUAUUAGGACAUAGCUCCCUAAUUCCCAUUUUGACGUUGAUUUUGAGCCAAGUCUGUCGGAUAAGAGCAGAUGACAGCGGCAUGGAGGAACUUGCCACGGAGAAAGAGGCAGAGGAAAGUCACAGGCAGGACAGCGUGAAUUUACUCACAUUUAUUUUGCUUUUGACACUCACAAUCCUCACGAUAUGGCUCUUCAAACACAGAAGAGUGCGCUUCCUUCACGAGACCGGCCUCGCGAUGAUAUACGGUCUUUUGGUGGGUGUUAUUUUGCGGUAUGGCAUCCCCUCCACCAGCUACCAUAAUAAAACUCCACCAAGCUGCUCGCUGAAAGAGGGACCCGUCAGCACGCUGCUUCUCAACGUUAGCGGAAAGUUUUUCGAGUACACGCUGAAAGGCGAGAUCAACUCCAGAGAGAUCCACAAUGUGGAGCAAGAUGACAUGUUACGUAAGGUGACCUUUGACCCAGAGGUGUUCUUCAACAUCCUGCUACCUCCCAUCAUAUUUCACGCUGGAUACAGCCUCAAAAAGAGACAUUUCUUCAGAAACCUGGGGUCCAUUAUAACUUACGCUUUUCUGGGCACUGCCAUUUCCUGUUUUGUCAUUGGAAACCUCAUGUAUGGUGUGGUGAAACUGAUGCAGGUUUUGGGUCAACUCACCGACAAGUUUUACUACACAGACUGCCUCUUCUUUGGUGCCAUCAUAUCUGCCACAGAUCCAGUCACUGUUCUUGCAAUCUUUAAUGAGCUUCAUGUCGACGGUGAUCUUUAUGCACUGCUGUUUGGAGAGAGUGUAAUGAACGACGCAGUCUCCAUCGUCCUGUCAUCGUCCAUUGUGGCGUAUCAGCCUACAGGAGGAAACUCGCACACGUUUGACGCCUCAGCCUUUUUCAAAUCAGUGGGGAUCUUUCUGGGCAUCUUCAGUGGCUCAUUCCUUAUGGGUGCAGCUACAGGAGUGGUCACUGCCCUCGUGACAAAAUUCACCAAGCUGCACUAUUUUCCUCUGCUGGAGACGGCUCUGUUCUUCCUCAUGUCCUGGAGCACGUUUCUAUUGGCUGAAGCUUGUGGAUUCACAGGUGUUGUGUCAGUGCUGUUUUGUGGAAUCACACAGGCUCAUUAUACUUACAACAAUCUGUCAGAGGAAUCGACCAAACGCACCAAACAGUUGUUUGAGGUCCUGCACUUCCUGGCUGAGAACUUCAUAUUCUCAUACAUGGGCCUGGCACUCUUCACCUUCCAGAAUCACGUCUUCAGUCCUAUUUUCAUAGUCGGGGCCUUUAUAGCCAUCUUUAUAGGUCGGGCCUUAAACAUCUACCCCCUGUCCUUCCUGAUCAAUCUGGGCCGAAGACACAAAAUCGGUGGACCCUUUCAGCACAUGAUGAUGUUUGCGGGGCUCAGAGGGGCCAUGGCGUUCGCAUUGGCGAUUCGUGACACCGCCACGUACGCUCGGCAGAUGAUGUUCACUACGACUCUGCUUAUUGUGUUCUUCACGGUUUGGGUAUUUGGUGGAGGCACAACACCAAUGCUGUCCUGGCUGCAUAUAAGAGUGGGAGAGUCUUCGACAGCAGAGAAGGAGAGACUGCAUAGACUAUGGCGUUACAUCAGAGUCGGAGUUGACCCAGAUCAGGAUCUUCAGCCAUGUGGAGACAGUUUCCAGGUCCUGCAGGGUGACGGAAGCCAGUCUGAAGGGCAGAGCAAGACGAAGCAGGAGAGUGCUUGGCUCUUUAGACUUUGGUACACUUUUGACCAUAAUUACCUGAAACCUAUCCUGACCCACAGUGGCCCUCCUUUGACCUCAACUCUGCCGGCCUGCUGCGGUCCGCUGGCUCGCUGUCUGACCAGCCCCCAGGCUUAUGAGAGCCACGAGCCUCUUCGAGACAACGAUUCGGACCUUAUCCUGAACGAAGGAGACCUGACGCUCACGUACGGCGACACGGCCAUCACCGCCAACGGAGCCUCGUCUUCAUCGGGCCCAGAGGGAUCGGCCGGCGGCUGGGGCGUCAACGGCAAACGCAGCGACAGCACGUCGGAGGACGCUCUGGAACGAGAACUGGACACGCGCGAACAAGAGCUCUUGAGCCGCGGCACUCGUCUCGUUUUCCCCAUCGAGGACCACGCUUGACUCCGCCCCCUCACCGCUCAUUACCGACCUCAGGCCACGCCUCUCUCUCUCCGUGCUCCAUGCCUUCACUUUCAUAGCACAUCACACCAUUCGACCCCCACUGGACCCUCCAAAUAUCUCAUGAAGGGGGGAUGAAAAUGUGAAGGAAUAAAAUGGAGAGGGAAAAUGCCUGAUUAUCCUCAGACAGAUGGAUUAAGACUUUUGAUUCACUAUCCCUGUGUUAAUGUGAUCUAUAGGAGAGAAAUGUGAAACUCCGGCUAAGAAUGCAUAAUGACGGCUUUGGUUAUGGAAUGAUGUAAGUGCUGUCAUGUUUGAUAAUGGAUGGAUGCUGAAGAGUAGCCAUGUGUUUCCCUUCUGCACUUCCUUACAUCCAUACAGUCACGUACAUCAUGCACUGCUUUCUCAUUCUUGUCAAUCAUUCUUUGUUUACUACAAAUUCAGAUGGACAAAGCUGGAAAAUUACAGAGAAACGCACAAAGCUGGUAUUGCUAAAAGAAACAAAUUUUGAUAUACAAACACCGAACUGACAACCCAGUAUUAUAUCGGAUCUUCUUCGGUCAUUUGCAUUUACAGUAAAUAGCUUAUCAUUUCCAUCAGGCCUCAAGUUUGUAAAUACUCACGGCUGUACAUCACAAGCCCAGCCAACAAAAUAGCAACAUUAUUGACACGUUUGCAUGAUACGUACGCCCAAUUCUCUCCUGCAGUAUCGCACUUUAAUUUAACGUGCAAAGUUUACAUGCAGCUCAAAUAGAAGUAGCUGCGAAAAUAUGAAUCUGACUUGUGCAGAAAGAGUGUUAGCCAUGAUGCACUUCCUAAAACCAGAACAGACCCCAAUCUGCAGUAGAUCCACCUGUGGUGUUCCCUUUGCGCCUCUGCAGAAUAAAUAUAUAUAGAGAGACCAUUUAUGAAGAUGGAUUGUCUCUUUAUGAACCACUAGCACAGUAUGUGACAACCAGCUCUCCAAAAUUUAAGAAGCUGAAGUGACAGCAUGAGAUUGACAGAAUGCAGUGGGCUGUUUCUGAGUCAGUACAGUCAAGAGUUGGCUCGCUGCCAUUCACUGCUAAUGCAUUCCUAAAAGAAUCAUAUUGUCAAUGAAUGCAAGUGUAAAGUCCAUGUGAUGAUUUCUUUUUCCAAGUUAAUAACUAACCUUAAACUUUCCAUUUGCAAUAGCAAAUUCGUCUUUCAUUCCGAUACAUCCAGCUUUUUGUAACAGACUAACAGUUCACUUUCUGCACUUAAUAACUGGGAUGAUAAUAUAGCUGGCUCACUAAUAUGUGUUCGCACCUGACUGCUAUUUGCUUCUCUUUCGGGCCGUCCGUAACGUAACAUCAUCGACUUUACCAGAAUCGAGUUUCGCAUACCAUUUUGUUUCCAAAUGUGUGUUAAAGAGAUUUGCACUAUUUAAAUGGAGUAAGCAGGUGGCGAAACUUGCACUGGCUGUAGCAAACGACUGAACGAUGAAGUCGCGCCGAGGUGUAAAAACUCUUCUUCCAACUUCCAAAUGUCUGACAGCUUUUCUCCUGACCUUACUAUGACGGACUUGUAUUUAUCGUCAGGAUAUGUAAUCCCUCAUGUAGCAUUCCUAUUUUUCUUGCUGUCGUGCAUGUGUCGUGUCUGCCAUAUAACAAACGAACAAAAUCAUAAAAGCUGCCAUUUUUCAUGUCUGUGAUGUAUUGAACUAUCAAGAUGCUCUAUUUUUCGCCAUUAUUGUUUAUAAUAACAAUAAUUCUAUGUAAAGAUGCACUACGCCUGUCAAAAGAAAAAACGCAAGAAAACUGUGGUAUGCCUUUUAGUUCUGCAAUUGUACGUUUAUAGCCAAUGUGUUAGAGUGGUUUACAGUAGCAAUAUUAAAAUAAGGUAUUUGAUUUAUUUUAUAUGUCAUUAAAUAAGAACGAAAAACAAGA